AUAUAUGCUAAUAUAUAUAUAUAUAUAUACAUAGAAACAUUAAUUGAUAUUAAUAUACAUAAUUUUCUGUUUGUGUACCGUUAUGUCUAAUUUUCCCGCAAUACGUUUAUCAACACGAAGAAUUGUGGCGCCAAAGCAAUAUACGCAUAACUUCGGUUUUAAUGAUCGUACAUUCUUGAAACGAAAUUUUAAAGAAUUACCGAACAAUUUGUCAGUAUUGUGAUAAUUUAUUGCCACUUCAAGAUUACUUUAUUUAUUUUCGAGACGCGUUAUGUAGCUUUUAAACAUCGUCAUUUUAUUUUUUUCAAGAAUUAUGUCGGACCCUGGAUUCUCGUUUGACGAAGAAACACUAUCUCCAGAUAUCUUCAAUGAUGUAGAUAACGUGACAAAUAACCCUGUAAAUUCUGAUGAUUCAAUAUCAAUGUCUAUUGAUGUUAAUGGACCAGAACCUUUGGAUGAUGUACCUGAAUGGAAAGGUGUGAGCAUGGAUGAGAUACGUAAAGGACUAGGUGUAUAUGAUUGCCAGGAGUUACCACCUAUUUGUCCUUCUCCAUCUCAUAUAGUAUUAAUAUCGUUGCCAUUACCGGCACGUGGAACACCAAAACCAUAUCCUACUCAUCAAGUAGAAAAAUGGUGUCAAGAUUAUGUUAGGAUGCCGCAUUCAAAACGUAGUGUGUAUCCAAUAGAUGAGAAUGGAUCUCGACGUUGUCGAAACAGAUGGGAAAUAAUACAGGAAUCAUUACUUCAGAGUUUUGUUUCGACUCAUCAGUUAGAAAAUGCAAUACUUUCCUAUAAUCACACAUAUGCACAGCGUUGGGAUUUUACUGCACUGCAUCAUUUUUUUUCUGAGGUACUUGAUGAAGAUGAAACAAAUAAUUUCUUUGAAACUUUGAUGCCAAAGAUGGUUCAGCUUGCUUUGCAACUUCCUGUUUUGGUAACUGGUUCAGUGCCUCUUUUGAAACGUCACACUAAUGGCACAAUCAGUCUUAGCCAGUUACAAAUAGCCUCUUUAUUAGCUAAUGCAUUUUUCUGUACAUUUCCAAGACGUAACUCAACUAAUCCGCAAUCUGAGUAUGGAAGAUAUCCAUACAUCAAUUUUAAUAGGUUGUUUUCAGCAUAUAAAGAGGAAAAAUGGAAUAAGUGUGAAUCUGUAAUGGAGAAGAUGAAAUGUAUAUUUCAUUAUUUUCGGAGAGUAACAUCUAAAGCCCCAGAAGGUGUGGUAACAAUACAACGGCGUUAUAUUCCUAAAUCCGAUUGCCCAAAAUGGGAUGAACAAGUACAAAAACUAUUACCCUUACAUACUACAAGUAAAGGGACGAUAGAAGCAGAAGGAACUGGAUUUUUGCAAGUGGAUUUUGCGAAUAGAUAUGUAGGUGGUGGAGUUCUUGGUUUAGGAUGCGUACAAGAAGAGAUAAGAUUUGUAAUUUGUCCUGAAUUGAUGGUAACAAUGCUUGUUACAGAAGAAUUAGAUGAUACUGAAGCAUUAAUUGUCAGUGGUAUUGAAAGAUAUAGUAAAUACAAAGGUUAUAGUAACAGUUUCAAAUGGAUGGGAGACUAUGUUGAUGAAACACCUAAAGAUAGCAGUGGAAGACGAUUAACAUCUAUUGUUGCAAUCGAUGCCCUUUAUUUUACGCACUCAGAAGCGCAAUUUAAUAUAAAUAAUAUAAUAAGAGAACUUAAUAAGGCAUAUGUUGGAUUUGUCGGUUGUGAAGGUAGUAAAAACAACCUGCCACCUAUUGCAACCGGGAAUUGGGGAUGCGGUGCAUUUCGUGGAAAUCCAAAACUGAAAGUUUUAUUACAGUUAAUGGCAGCAGCUGUAGCAGGUCGAUCAAUGGUUUACUUUACCUUUGGAGACACAAAUUUACGAGAUGACAUUGCUGAAAUCUACAUGCAUUUUGUAAAACAUGAAACAAAUAUAGCUCACAUUUUUUCAUUAUUGGUACAGUAUCAAGAAUUUGCUUCAACACGAAAUUCAGAUUUCUAUCGUUUUUUAUAUAAUCGAAGUAAAAUAAAACCAAUUACUCAACAUUUCAGUAAAAAUAUUCACACAAAAAUUUCUACAGCAAAAGAAGUUUUUAGAAAAAAUAAAUGCGUUAAUAACGGAGAAAAGAAAUUAUUUCAUUUGGAUGUUAAGAAGUACCCGCAAAUAGAAGAAGAAAAAAUACAAGAUUGGUUAACAAAUGUUGAUGAAGAUAGUAUAGAUAAAAAGAAAACAGAGAUUUUAAAGGAAGAAUAUGUAGAUGUUAAAAGAACUGUAGAAAAAGAACAGAUUCAGAGUAAAGAUAAUAUAAAAAAAAAAGAAGGGCAAAUUCACGAUAGAGAUAGUACAGAGAAAAAAAAGAAAUCAUCUUUAUGGAAACUUUUAGAAGAUACGGCGCAGGCUAAAACAACUCAAGAACAUCGAUUAUCUGGUUUGGAAUUAUUAGAUUCAAAGCAAGAGGUUAUUUCGCAAUAUUUAGAUAAUGGUUGCAGUAAAUCGACUAAAGAUGAAAGUCGUCAGUCAAUAACGAUAUCUACAGACUCGCAUAAUAUACAGGAAUCAACUCAAACUUUAAGUGAAAUCUCUGUACCUUCACAUAAACACGAAUCGCCAACCAAGAAAGUUGGACAAAGAAAAAUUUCAGACUUUUUCCAAUCAACAAGUUAAAGAUCUUUAAAUAUAUAAAUUAAGGCGAUCUGUUAAACAAUAACAUUUUCACACAAGACUUUCUAAAUAGACACAUACUUUGUAUAUAUUGUAAUAACGAA